AGAACAACUCCCUAGUUGGCAAAUGACCGCAGAAUAAUCGUUAAUACUGCAGGCGCCGUCUUUCUGACUAAAAUCAAUUUAUAGCCAAUUGGUUGCCAAGAAAGGUUAAAGGUCACACGCGACAAUCUGCCAAUGCAAACGAGUUGCCAACUAAGUUGUUUCUGAAUGGCUUGUUAGUAUGCAAAGAAUUUCUACCCGAUAUCGAAUCACUUGCCACCGAAUCAGCUCGGUUCCCGCCCAUAUUUAAGCCAAUUAAACGACGCCGUAGUGGACAUAAAGCUUAUGAGUUAUUGCCGUGAUGAGACCUGGCUAAAACUAAAAUGGCCAGGGGUCGCCUUGGCUCGGAAUCAGACGUAAUCUGGAAGCCGACAUGGACGCACGUUUGCUACUGGCUUUGGUGCUCAUAGCUCUGACCAAAGGUGAGACGGAGGAUCCUCCGCCUUCGCGGUCCCGCCCCGGAAAGUAUGUACCGGAACUGCAUGGAGCCACGGGCUGGUAUGUGCAGGAUAACAGUGGAAAGUAUCGCCACGAUCCCCGGCCCUACGAUGGCGGAUACGGAGAUCGGGGGGAGCCAUACUCCGCCGACUUGCGUGGCAUUUUCCGCAAGGCCGAGGAGCAGCUAGAGGCCCAGGUCCACGAGGCCAAUCAGCAGGGAUUGGCCCUGGGUCCCCGCGACCACCUGCGCUUCAUGAUCGACUUCAACUUCAACGGAACUGGCUGGCAGAUCAUCGAGUUCCAGUGGGUGCGCGAUGGCGAUGAAGGACAUCCGGAUUCUAAGCAAUACAGCUACUUGAAUGAGAAUAAGCUCUGGGAGUCCGGCCAUGGGGACCAGAGCUACGAUUACCAGCAGCCAGGAGACGAAUGUGAGCCAAGCUGUCAGUCGGGAUACCAGGAUCCUGCCCCAGAGCCAGUUCAGGAGCCAGAGCCCGAACAAACAUCACCGAGCACAAAUAUCAAUUCCGAAAAGGAUCCCGUGAAAAUUCACAAUACUAUUAAUGAGGUCCUGGAAUAUAUUCAACAACACAUUCUUCCCACUCUAAGCUAAACUUCAAUAAAAGUGGCUUACAAAUUUUAAAA